AACGCCCCCUUCUGGUUAUUUAUGAGACUGCGACAUUAAUGGAAACGAAAGGGGUAUUUCGGUGGGGGUUUUUUGUUAUUGACUGGACUUUAACACUGUUAAGGACUGGACUGUAACACAAGAGGCUAUGGAGAAACCAUGCAUUUUGGCCACCACUCCCGGAGAAAAUGGAAGCAUCAAUCGGUGUUUUGCGCCUUGUAUUGAGAAACACUUCACUAUAGUACCAUAUGAGAAAUUUGUUUUGCAGAAAGAGGACUUCGCUGACAAAAUCCAGGCACUGUUUGUUUGGGGUGUAACAAUAAAUGUUGAUCGCAAUCUGUUACAGUCCUUACCUAACCUCAAAGUUGUAGUAAACGGUGGGGUUGGAGUUGAUCAUCUUGAUAUUUCUCUUAUCAAUAGCUUUGGAGUCAAAGUUUCCAACACUCCUCACGUGGUGGACAAUGCCACUGCAGAUAUUGGCAUGGGUUUAAUGUUAGCGUCUGCACGAAAGAUUGUUGAGGGACAUAUUUUUAGUAGGUUUCGGGAAACUGAUGAUUUGACAACGAUAUCCUUGGGCACUGACGUUAGUGGAGCCACCCUUGGCAUAGUUGGCAUGGGUAAAAUUGGAUACAAAGUAGCUAGGAGAGCUCAAGGGUUUGAGAUGAAAAUCCUUUACCACAAUAGGAAUCGAAGGACAGAGAGUGAAGAAAGAGCAGUUGGGGCCACAUAUUGUGAAAGUAUGGAAGAGUUGUUGCGGAGGUCAGACUUUGUCAUGGUGGUAGUCGAUCUAAACCCUCAGACACACAAGCUGAUUGGUGCCAAAGAGCUUGCAUUAAUGAAACCCAGCGCAACCCUUAUCAACAUUAGCAGAGGUUUGGUUGUGGAACAAGACGCUUUAGUGGAUGCUCUGCAAAAGAAAGCGAUACGAGCCGCAGCAUUAGAUGUUACUUAUCCUGAGCCACUGCCUAGGGACCAUCCCCUGCUGUCCUUCCCAAAUGUCAUCGUCAUGCCCCACUUUGGAACCCACACUAUGGAAACAAGACAGGUUAUGGUGGAGAGGAUGGUGACCAAUGCCUUGGCUGCUCUCAAUGGAGACCAGCUUCCUGACGAAGUCAAGGCAUAGGGGCAGAUCACAGAGCCAUUUUUCCAUUUUUAUUUAAAGCAAAACAAAAACACUACUGAUUUUAUUUUAUUAUUAUAAAACUGAAAAAAAGAAUAUAUAUACUUUUCUACUUUUCUUAGUAAAAUCAUAAAAUGUAUACUGAUCCUGCUAUGAAAAAUUACUCUAAAAAUAAACUCAACCCUUCAGUAAAGAAAAUACAGUGUUUUUUCUUUAAAUUCCAGCUUGUUUAUUAUGUCUAUUGUGAAUAUUAGCCUACAUUUUAAUUAUUUGUUUGAUACUUUGUGACCUUUUGCAUCACUUGUCAAUCUUUCUGGUUUCAUAACGUUUUUAUUUCCUCUUGCCAAUAUUUUCGUCACUUUUUUUGUUGUCAACCAGCGAAAAAUUUAACUUCUGAAAUGCUUAGUGAUGUUUCUGAAAAGCAAUGGACAAUUAAUAAAUGGUCAGCCUCAGUGUAUAAUGUUGCUUUUGUUCGUUUUUGCAUUGUGAACAUAGGUAACCAUAAAUCUGAGUGGACAUCCAUGACAUGUGGAGUCCCGCAGGGCUCAAUUCUGGCACCGCUUCUGUUAAAUCUGUAAAUGCUCCCACUUGGUCAAAUAAAAAAAGGACCAAAUUGCUUACCACAGCUAUGCAGAUGACACCCAGAUAUACUUAGCCCUGUCACCCAAUGACUAGAGCCCCAUUGACUCUCUAUGUAAAUGCAUUGAUGAAAUUAACAGUUGGACGUAUCAAAAAUUUUCCCCAGUUAAACAUUCAUUGUAUUUGGAAAUAAAGAUGAAGGUUAACACACACCUUGACUCUAGGGGUCUAAAGACACAAAAUAAAGUCAGAAAUCUUGGUGUAAUUUUAGAGUCUAACCUGUGUCUGAAUAAACUUGUGUAUGAAUUAACCAGUUCUCUCUCGCCAUGAAUAUAGCCUUAGAUGCUGGAA